AUGGCAGAAAGAGUAUUAGCAAAUUUAGAAGCAAAAUUUACAGAAGGAAAUUAUUAUGAUAUUCUUCAAUCAUACAAAGCAUUAUAUAAUAGAUUUUCAACACAAAAGAAAUAUAAAGAAACUGUAACUUUAUUAGAGUCUGGUUGUAAUAAAUUUCUUGAAUAUAAACAAUGGAAUUGUGCAGCUGAUUUAGCUAAAUUAUUAAUUGAAUGUUAUAAAAAUUUUAAAAUUCAAUAUUCUGAUGAAUCAAAAGAACCAAUUAUCAAGAUAUUUAAAAAUUUUAAAGGUGAAUGCGCUGGUAAAAUUAGUUUUAUGAGAGAUGCAAUUGAAUGGAGUUCAAAAAAUGGUGGUGAUAGUAAAGGAUCAGAAGAAUUUCAUACAUUAUUAGCAAUUACAUUAUCAGAAGAAGGUGAUUAUAUUGAUGCACAAAAACAUUUUAUUUUUGGAAAUGAUUAUUUUUCAUUUUGUGAAAUGUUAAAGAAUUGGACAGAAGAUGUCGAUGAAGAAGAAAAAGAUCUUUAUAUUACACGUGCAAUCUUUGGGUUAUUAUGUUUAAAGAAAUUAAAACAAGCAUCGGAUUUAUACAAUUUAUUCACAACUAAAGUUAUAAAAGGUGAUCCAUCACCAUUAUUAAACUUUGAUCGUUUUUUAUUGUUAACACUCGAACGUGAUGCAUUACCAUUAUUCAAUUUAUUAAGACAAAAAUAUGAACGUUCAUUAAAGAGGGAUCCUCAAUUCAAAAAGUUUUUAGACCAAAUCGCAAACAUAUUCUAUAAUGUACCAAUUCAAAGUGGUGGUGGUCUUAGUGGUAUGUUAUCAAAUUUAUUAAGUGGUUUCGGUGGUGGUAUGGGUAUGGGUGGUAAUAGUAGUGGUGGUGGUCUUGCAAGUAUGGAGGUUGAUGGUCCAACAAUUGAAGAUGAAAUGGAUUAA